AUGGUAAAUGCGGAAAUAAAAAUCCUUGACUAUUCCAACUCCCAAAUUAUCCCUAUUAAUACUGGUUAUGCCAAGGUACAGACCGGAACUUUCAAACUAAUCCAUGUGAUCGAGCCGGAUAACUUACAAAAUCUGAUCAACAAAAUACAUCAGACUUUGAACUACAAUGUCUCCCAAUCCCAUCCUUUGUACCCAUUCCUAUCCCACGAAGCAAAUCAACUCCAAAAUCACCUAAAUAGAAUUAAACCUAGAAUUAAAAGAUCCUUAGAUUUUAUAGGAUCAGCCUGGAAAUGGAUCGCUGGUAAUCCAGACCAUGCUGAUUUCCAGAUAAUAGAACAAAAAAUUAAUAAUGCACUCGAAAAUAAUAAUAACAGAAUUAAAAAUAAUGACACUUGCGUAACAAAUUUAUUGCGCGGUAAUACAGCAACCAACAACAACCAUAUACCCACUAUUGAAGAAAUUGCUCCGGGAUUAAUCCUGUUAAAUCAACAUAAUGGCACUGUUUAUAUUAACAAUGAACCACGUACCUUUAUUGGAACUUACCUGUUGCAAUACCAAAAUACUUCGCGUACUAUACAUAUACCAGGUCUCUACACUCGUCCUAAGUUUCGGGCAAAUACAUCGAAGGCUUUAGCUUCAACAACAUCUAACAUACCUAUACAAAACGCUUUAAAUCAACCAAUGACAGACUUCACAAAAAACCCACAAUUUAUGUCAAUGCUUGCAGUAUAUGGAAGUGGAAAUCAGUUAGUGGAAAGAGAUACUCCAGAAUUUCAAAAGUUAUUCGAAGAAUUCUAUUCAAAAAUACUGCAUAAUGAGCUAAACGUGUGUUCGUCGACGCCAUUAAUUGCACAAAAACCAAUUAAUCAAUUAGAAAACCAGACAAUACUGAAUCCGAAUGUUUCCAGCAAUAUGAGUAUGAAUGUAAUGUUAUCGCAAAACCAAAACAUUGCAUCGAAUGUGGCUAUAACGGAAACAUCUAGCUAUGUGCAUUCAUCUAACGUCGAAGAAAGCCGUUUAGCGACAGUAUUCAAUGACGUCUUAUUACAAAAUCAAUUGAGCUCUCCUGUUUUUAAACACCAUCAUAAACCCAAAAGCUCACAAAAAAAUAAAUCAAUUUUCAAACCAUACAACCGUUCCGUUCAAGGUGAAAGUAGUCAAAACACUUCGAAUGAUGAUUCAAACAUCUACAAAAUUGAUAUAUUUAGUAACCACGCAAAUGUUUUAGCUGCAUAUUCGAAUUUACUUAAAAAUACUAAACUACAUUCUCCAGAAUCAUCUACCAACUCCAUAGCCAAACUGCCUAUGGCCAUGAAAGACUUCCAUAAUGAUGUAAAGACAUUCAAAGCUACAACGCCAUACGUUUCCUCAUCCAGUUACGUAUCAACAAUGCAAAUGCGGAAUCAAUUCCCACAACAACAAUGUACAAGUUCUCCCAAUGUUAUUAGUCCAACAAAAACUUUGCAAGAAAAACUAGCUGAGAGGCAAAAGGCAUAUCAGUUAAAUGAAUGUAACACAGCAUCGGCUACUACGAGUACAAAAGAUACGUCGUGCGAUGAUAUAAUUGUUUUGGAUGACUAAUAAUAAAAUGUGAAAUGUCAAUGUACUAAUUCUAAUAAAUCGAAUCUAAAGCAA